CUUCUCUCAUUCAUCCGCCACCCUCUUCUCUCUCUCUCUCUUAAUCCCAACCCAACCCUCUCUCUCUCUCUCUCUCUCUCUAGAAUAUCAAUCGCAUCUCAGAAUCUUUGGAAGCUUGGUUUUCUUUUCUUCCCGAUGGCGAAGGACGAGUGGAUGCGCACGGCGAUGUCGGAUGACAUGCUGGUCGUGGAGCUGCUGGUGCGGCUUAAGCAGUCCCAGGCGGCGGCGGCGUCGCCUCUCAAAUCUUCUCCUCCUUCUCAGCCGUCGCCGACGUUCCCGCUCACUUGGAGCGUGAGGCUGCCGAGGUCGAGGGCUCUCAGGUGCGACGCCGUCUCGCAGAGGAAACAGGGCGAUGUCUCCACCAGAUGCAGCCCGACCACGCCUCUCUCCUGGAGCGGCGCCGCCUCCCCCUCCGCCACCGCCGACGGAUUCGAAGAGUCCAGCCGCCCCUCCAACAACCGCUCUCCCUCUCAAGCCAGAUCCAAGGGUAUUGCCACAAAUAAUGAGUUGGCUAGCGCUAUCACUACCAGCAGGAGAUCAAGAAGAAAGAAGACAUUUGCUGAGCUGAAAGAGGAGGAGAAUUCACUUCUCAAGGAAAGGGUGCAUUUGAAAAGGGAACUAGCAAAACUGAGAGCAACUUUUAAGGAGCAGAGGGAAAAAAAUGAUAGCUUGAAGAGGAUGAAGCUUGAGUUGCACGUGGAUUCUGCAAAAUAUGUGAAUGCAGAUGGAUUCAAGAUGGCAUCUUCCAGCCAACCGCAGGAGAGAAUAGCCUCUACUUCCGACAAUGUUCGUUCUACAAUGCAACUCGCACACCAUAGUAAUGCACAAUCAGAUUCUUUUGAUGAAUCAAAUACCAAUUCGAACCGUGACGGUUUCUUCUUGCUACCUGAUCUAAAUUCGCUCCCAUGCGACGAGGAUUAUGGUUCCGAAACAUUCUAUGGGUCAAGCUGAUCAAACAAUGUUCAUUGUUUAUCUUCUUCUCGCAAUUUAUACAGUCUCCGAGCACAAUGAAGUUGAUUUUUCUGCAACAACAUCGCUGACACGCCCGAGCCACGUUCAGAAACACAACUAGAAUAUUCUGUGAAGUCACAGGUGUUGGGAACCAACUUACUGUAGUUCCCAACUUGGUUGCGCAAUGGAAGCUAGUCAGUCGUAGAGAGAGUUUUGAGGGUAGUGUAGAGAUCCUAACAAACGAAUAGGAUUGUAAAAUUUUACUACUAAGUUAUAGGUUCCUACUUUCCUCGGGUAUUCUUUGGGGUAAACCCUCAUUACUUCUCAUUGAAUUUAUAAAGAACGCUAGACCUCUUAUUGUAUCAUUCUUUGUAGCCAAAUCCUAGUUGGACUCCUCUGUUGAAAAGGUUCUUGAGAUUUGUAUUACAAUUUUGAUCUGGCGCAUCUUAUUUUUAUUAUGUUUAGUGUUUGUUAGUCGUAAAAAAGAACAAGAGAACACCAUAUAUAAGACGGAAAAUUGGCUUUCAAACAAAUUUGGAAAUGGAAGU